CACGCCUCCGAUAUCCGGCAAUAAACAUUAUUAUAUAUUUUUUUCUCAUAAAAGAAUCGUGUUUAUUUUGACGUUAGUGUCGUGCUGUCGUCGUCAACAUCUCGCGGUUACCAAUAGGCGUUAAUUACAGAAUUUAUUAUCGCCUUAUAGGCUUAUAGCCAUUAGCCGUCACUCGUAAAAUUAUAAAAUUAUUAACAUUCCAGUCGUCGUCCUUAGUGUCUAUUAUUUUAUCUAAUAAAAUAUAAUUUUGUAUCAUUUUCGAAAAUUCGAAGCGCGGUCGUUCUAUCACGCCGACGGUAUUUCUAUCAAUAUUUUCGUGUCAAUUUUAUCACAGACAGUAGUCAAUACUUUCGAUUUCGUGUCACUCGUCGGUGCAAUUCUUUGACCCGAUCGGCUAUCGCCAGCGCUCGAAAAGUCGUACCUAAUCAAAUUACGCUCAAUUCAACUAUCGAUACAAAUAUCAACUUAAUUGUUGUAUAAAUUAUUAUUUGUAUCUCAUUGUUGUACUGUUGUGCCCGUGCGUGGUGCGUCACACACGGUGACGACGACGACGAAGAUCAUUCGCCAUAUUGAUCGCACAACGCGUUAUCAAUAUUUUAUUAUUAUUGUGUUUUGGGUCUUUGCGCCGACCAGCCACACACCGACACCGCACGACGGACAAAUGUGAAGUGAUAACAAAAAAUAAAAACUAGCUGAAACACGACAACGGAGCUCGGAACGCUGCCGCCGCCCGCCGUAUACGCUAGAGUGCUAGACGGAAGUUCUUUUUUUGACUUAGUUGCUAUUCUACUUUAGUAUUCCGUAGGCCGUUCUCGUUUGCGGCCGCGUUUCCCCCGUCGACCGCGUCUGUCACUCUUGUCGACGCAGUUGUAUAAUAGAAGUAAUAACAAUAGCUUUUGUAUUGUAUUUAUUUCGUUGUUGAUUGUCGAUCGUAAAAAAAAAAAAAAUGCCGGACACUAAACCGCUGUUGGACAACAGCGAUUUGAUCGCCCAAAAAGCGUCGGAAGCAGAUUCUCCUUCAUCAUCUAUUAUUGGUUCCAAUACAUUUCCCACUAAUGUACCAAAUGAAAAUUCAGAAUUUACAGUUCCUGAGAUGGGGCCUGAAAAUGCUGCUUCUAAAGUGACAUGUAGAGUUUGUCAAGAAAUGAUUGAUGUUAUCGGUAAAAGAGAACAACAUGUUGUAAAAUGUAAUCGUUGCAAUGAAGCUACUCCAAUAAGAAGUGCUCCAGCAGGCAAAAAAUAUGUACGCUGUUUGUGUCAUUGUCUUUUGAUUUGCAAAAGUACAUCACAACGUAUUGCUUGUCCUCGUAUAAACUGUAAAAGAGUUAUUAAUUUGGCACCAAGUCCAGUAACACCGCCGAUUCCUCAAGUUCCGGGCAUGUGUCGUGUUACUUGUGUGCACUGCCAGGAUACAUUCCUUUUUAACAUGUUACAAAACGCAUUGGCUAGAUGUCCACAUUGCCGUAAAGUGUCUUCUGUUGGCCCCGAAUUUGCCAAAGCAAAAGCCAUAUUUUUUCUCAUUUUAUCUGUUAUAUUGUUUAUUAUUGGUGGGGGUGUUGUAUUCUUCACGUACUCAAAUGCAAAGGCUCACGGUGGUUAUUUCAUUAUUCAUAUUGGAAUCCUCAUUUUAACACUAUUAGCACUUUGGAAAUGUAUAUAUUAUUGCCGAAUUAAAGUCAGCUCUAUCGAUGGACCUGUUUAAAAGAUAAUAAGUUAUAUCAUUAGAAUAUUGGUCAUUUUAAAUGUUAAAAAAAAAAUUAUUUUAUACUAUGGUAAAUAAUUAUUGUAGUUUUAUACCACUUUAUUUUUUAUGUAUUAAAUGUACUUGUUGAAUCUUAUAAUACGAAGAAAAUGAUUCUAUUUACAAGUGUACACUUGUACAAUGAUGUUGAAUAAUAAUAAUAAUAAUUUCAUAUUAUUGCUAUUGUUGAUGACCAUAAUCUUCU